GUUUUUACUGUUGCCACAAGCACAGCUCACAUCUUUUAGUUGUGCGCCUGACGCGCUGGAGCGCACAGCCCGACUGUCCACGAGCGACUUCAGACAACUAUUGAGCGCGCACGCUUCAGCUGAUCCGAGACCCAUUUCAGUUGUUCUUUUGAGCUUUAUUCGGCACUAAAGCAGUACUUUAUAAAAGACAGGGCAUGGUGACUAAGAGGAACGGAGGAAUUCUCUCUUCUGCGUCUUCAGCGGAGAUUCAGCGCUGAAUGAAACUCUCUGCAAAUUUACCUGCCGAAAGCGCAGAUGUGUCGAGAGAAUAGUGCCGUUUAAUCGACUAUCCACAAACUUCUGUUGCUUUGACUCAGAUUGACACGUCAUGGCAUCAGUGUCGUGGAGACACGCGCUUUUCUUCUUGCUAGUUGUGAAUCUGUCUGUGCUAACGGCAGCAUGCAGCAGUCACUAUGGAAAUGCCAUUGAGGAGUUCUGCCUGGCCAAGUUCAAGCUGGACAUGGAGGUUCUCGAUCAGCGCCAGUGGUGCAGCUGGGAGGACACAGUUGAGUCCUAUGGGGAACUGACCAACUGCACGUUCCUGGUGGCUCUGAAGAUGAACUGUUUCUGGCCCAACCGAAUGGUGGACGAAUUCUUCAUCCAGGUGCACAGGCACUACUUCCAUGACUGCUCAAUGACUGGACGUCUGCUUCACGAUCCACCCAAUCGGAUCUUGGGGCCUUUUAUCGUGGUGCCCAUUCUGGUGACGCUACUCAUGACUGCUCUAGUGGUGUGGAGGAGUAAACGCAGCGAGGGAAUCGUAUAAUCGUCUACAAUAAACUUACCAAGUACCUCCACACAGAACAAUAGAGAAAGAGAUAUCUCACAGUCUGCAAACACUAAGAAAAACUUGUUUCUUAUCAAGUGGUUGUAUAUCCAAACAAUUUUAGUGAAAGCUGUCACUGUGUUAUCUGCAUUCAGAUAACAUACAGAUCAUUUAUACGGACAAAAUAUUUCAACACAAUUUCUUUGAGGUAGUUUUUAACUAAAUGUUUUGUCAUGCCAGCAUUUUGUCAGUAAAACAGAUCUCCAAUCUGUAUGCAAGUCAUUAUCCUGAUGAUGGAUAAGUUUCACACACCAAACAAAGGGAGGACACUGUUAUUCCCAUGAGUUUGACAAGCCUUUACAGUCAUGUGAACACUGAACUCAGUCACUUUGUGUCACCCAUCAACCUCAAUGCAUUUCACACUCAUAAAUGUGCAUUGAUGACACUCAUUCAGUCAUGAUUAAUAUUGUUUUGUUGAUUCAAGAAAGAAAACUAAGAAAAGAAAAGGGCAACGACCACAAACAUGCCAAUGAUAUUUACAAUAUCAGUGAUCCCCAAAAUCACCAUUGGAUAUUUUAAGACACUCAAAAAGCUGUAAGAGAUUCAAAUGCUUUGUCCAAAAUCUAAAGCGAAUGUAUCUCUCAUAGACAAUGCUCACAAUGCAUUGCUACAUCAAAAUUAUCCAAGAUUUUGGG